GUCCAUCACUCCACAGGUGCCGCUUCCUCCUCUGUGUCCCCAGCGCCAUGGGCCCGGCUCCUGCUCUCCUCCUCGCCCUGGGCGUCAUCUGGACCCACCUCCCAUUGGCUGCUGCUCAUGAGUCGCCUGUCCAAGACUCCCCCUACUCCAAGCCCUCCAUCUCCCUCAGCCCCGGCGGGGAGAUCGCACCGGGGACGGACGUUACCAUCUCCUGCCAGGGGCCGCGGCAGGGCGUGCGGUUCAAGCUGUACCGGGCCGGGGUCGCGCGGUGGCACACGGAACCGGCCGGCUCGACGGCCGAAUUCCGCAUCCCCAACGCCCGGCGGGAGGACGGGGGCAGCUACACCUGCAGCUACGAGAGCCUGAGAGAGCCGCCCGUCAGCUCCCCCCACAGCGACCCCGUGCAGCUGGUGGUAGAAGCUCACUACUCCAAGCCCUCCAUCUCCCUCAGCUCCAGCGGGGAGAUCGCGCCGGGGAUGGACGUUACCAUCUCCUGCCAAGGGCCGCGGCAGGGCGUGCGAUUCAAACUGUACCGGGCCGGUGUUGCGCGGUGGCACACGGAACCGGCCGGCUCGACGGCCGAAUUCCGCAUCCCCAAUGUCCGGCGGGAGGACGGGGGCAGCUACACCUGCAGCUACGAGAGCCUGAGAGAGCCGCCCAUCAGCUCCCCCCACAGCGACCCCGUGCAGCUGGUAGUAGCAGACGCUGGUUCUGGUCCCGCAGGGCGAACCAACCCGACCCAGCCUGGAGCAGCACCGGCUCCCACCCGCCCGGGCAGCCCACGGCCAGGGACCCCUCCGAGGCAGGAUUACCCCCCGUUUGCCAUCGUCCGUCUGUCCCUGGCCGCCGGGGUCCUGCUGGUCCUCGUGAUCAUCCUGGCCGAAGCCGCAUACAGCUGGAGGAGGACCCCCCACCUGCUGACCCCCCCACGGCCCGGCAGGGAGCAGGGCCGGCAGCCUGAGGGGCAGACAGAGGCCCCAGCAUGGGAACUGCAGCCCCCCCAAAUUCCUGCCCGGUCCCUGGGGACAGAGACAGCAGGACACACACACGUGCGGGGACGGGGGGCAGUUAUCGGACCCGCGGGCCCAUCCAUAUCAGUAUCGCUGCCCCACUCCCCACCCCUGCCCCAGCCCCCCCAGAUCAGAUCCAUGGGCCCAUCCAACCUGCUAUACCCACCUCACUCCCCGCCCCCACCCCCGCCCCCCCAAAUCUGAUCCAUGGGCCCAUCCAGCCUGGUAUCCCCGCCCCACUCCCCACCUCACUCCCCGCCCCCUUAAAUCAGGUCCAUGUGCCCCUCCAGCCUGGUAUCCCCCCCCAGUCCCUCCAGAUCUGAUCCAUGGGCCCAUCCAGCCUGGUAUCCCCGCCCCACUCCCCACCUCACUCCCCGCCCCCUUAAAUCAGGUCCAUGGGCCCCUCCAGCCUGGUAUCCCCCCCUAGUCCCUCCAGAUCUGAUCCAUGAGCCCAUCCAGCCUGGUAUGCCCACCCCACUCCCCAUCCCCCUGCUCCAGAUAGCACCUAGGACCAGUCCAACUUGGUAUCCCCCCCCGGCCCCUCCUCACCUGCACCGUUGUCCACCCACACCAGAAUAAUGCUCCCUUCUGGCCCGGUCUCCUGCCCUCUCCCUGCCCGAGAUGAAAUGCAUGGGUCCCGUGCCCAUCUAGCUUGGCAUCCCACCCUCUCCCUGCCCUCCCGGUCAGACCCAUGGGCCCACCCAGCUCCAGUACCUGUCUCCAGCUGGGAGCAGCUCUCCCUGGGGUCUCUCGACAGGAGGGGACCUUGAUACCAAGCAGCCUCCAUUAAACCCACUGCCCGGCCAGCUGGCAACGACCCUGCCUCCCUCACUGGACUGUCUCCCGCCUCUUCAGCCUCACCAAUAACCAGAACUGGCGGACAAGGGAGCACUUCUGCCGGACUCCUGGGCUCUCUCCCCAGCUCUGGGAGGGGAGUGGGGUCUACUGGUUAGAGCAAGGGGGCGAGGCUGAGAG